AUGCUGGACACAUCUAGUAAUGGAAACUUCCUCAAUCAAGAUGUGGAUGAUGGAUGGCAGCUUGUAGAGAACAUUGCUAACUCAAAUGGGAGUUAUGGGGAAGAGUAUGAUCGUACUAAUCGGAGCUCGAUCGAGUCAGAGGAGAAAUUGAGAAAGGAUAUGAAAGUGCUCAAUGACAAGUUAGACAAGCUGAUCUUGGCGCAAUCCCCACUGACAAAGGUGAACUUUAUUUCCGGUGAAGAGUUAGUACAAGUCCAAGAAGGGGAGGAGAAUCAGAUUGAAGAUGUUUGCUACAUUCAGAAUGGCCAAGGAGGAUAUCAGAAAGGUUAUUACACCUAUAAGACUCAUCCCAACUUUUCUUAUAGGAACACUGAUGUUGCUAGUCCUCAAGAUCAAGUUUACCCUUCCCAGCACCAGCCUGCAUCGAGUCAGUUUCCACAGUUUGGUUAUGGUCAUAAAGGAAACUUCUAG